CAAUUAAUGUUUUAAUUUCUAUGUUGUUUUUCUUUUUGUUAUUAAUUUCAGGUUGCAAGAGCUGUAAGCAUUGUACAACGCUUGCCAAUGUUCAGUGCCAACAUUGAUUCUGAUUCACCUGCCUCAGAAUUGUUGAAAACAAUGACCAGUGAUCGAUACAAAGCAAAGUCUUUGUUUGAGGUAGAAAUCGACAUUUUCUUGGUGGGAAAAGGGGAGGAAGUAAAAGCAUCAAUUCAUGACUUCAAUGGAGAAAUUCAUUUAACGCAUCCGUUAAAUGAUGGCAAAUUUGUUCAGUACCAACGUGCUUUAGUCAGAGGGCAGAUGAUUCAUUCAAAAUCAUAUCGAAAGGUGACUCAGAGGAAUAGCUACACUACUCUGUAUAACAAUGAUGGUGAAGACCAGUUUGGUGAGGUGCUGUGUUUUGGUGUUAUCGAAGAUUUCUAUACCAAAAAUAGUCACAAUUAUACCUUUGUUCUACCUUUCCAUGAGGUUAACAUCAACAUUGUAAAGGACAACACAACAGGCAAAUGUUGA